AUGAUCCAUCCUAAUGGAUAUGCUUGGAAGAAUGUGCCUAAUGAGUACAAGGAUUUAUACUUUGAGGAAUUUAAGAAAUUUUACAAGUGGGAUGAGUCUAUUGAAGCUCAAGUUCGCAAAACUUUUUUAGCACAAGCAGGCCUACGCUAUGCAGAUAUGCUCUCCAAAUUCAAGACCAAACGGACUUCAACUGGGAGGCCAGAUUGUGUAGCUGAAGAAACAUGGGCCAUUUGGGAAGCAUAUUGGGAUAGGCCUGACGUGAAAGUGAAAUCUGAACAACAGCGAAAAAAUAGGAUGAGUGAGGUGGAAGGACCUGGUACGGGAUGUUCUAAACAUACCGGAGGGUCUAGAUCAGCUAUCGAGCACUAUCACAAAUUGCGAGAAGAACUUCAAAAAGAGCCUAAUCUGUUUGAGUGCUUUGCCCAAAUGCACAAAAAGAAAGAUGGUAUGUUUGUUGACGAGAGGUCAAAGAGAAUUGCUGAAGAAGUACAAGCACGCCAUGAUAUUGCAACGCAAGAAGCUGAAGAUUCAACUGAGUCACCAAAUAUAAACAUGUCACAGUUUUGUGGUUUAUCUGCUACCUCACAACUUCAUCAAGAUGCAAUGGAAGAUAUGAUGAAUCAACAGUUAGAGACCAUGCGAGCUGAUAUGGAGGCUAAAUUACAAGCUGAGAUGGAUGCUAAACUACAAGCUGAAAGAAAUCAAAUGCAGACUCAAAUGGAGGCUCAAAUGCAAACUCAAAUACAGACUCAAAUACAAGCUCAGAUUACAAGUUUGAUGGAUGAGUUGCGUCGCAAUGGGAUUCUAUCCACUUCUAUGCCACUACCUCAAAAUACUCAGCAAGCUGAAAAUUCUGUUAAUUCAAAUGAUGAAAACCUAGGAGAUGAUUAG